AUGAAGCCCGUUCGGUCCAGGCUUCGGAGGGGAUCAGCGAGCAUUUACAAGUACAUCAAGAGAGAACAGUUCAUUCGAGAGCCGUGCAAGUGCGACAAGCAAAUACUGGAAACUGCGGAGACCAAAAUAAUCUGGAUUUUCAGCGGAAAAGGAGCGCCACUUGGAAAGACAUGGUGGAGCAUUCUUUUGCUCGCUGGAAUCGUUGUUACUGUCUAUAAUGUAGUAAUGUGUUCCACGAAAUAUUACAACUACCCAACAAUAACGAAAGAAACCUUCGAAUCUAGCGUCGCACAUGACAAUCGGAUAAAUCAGUUUCCGAAGAUUACCAUUUGCCUCAACUCCAUGCACUCACGGAAGGCUUUAAUUAAUGUCUACAGCGAGCAUGUCCACAACGUAACAACUUUUCUGUACGGUUUCUACGGAGACAAUCACGGCGAAGACUUUUCAUCGUUUUGGAACGAAAUAACAGACUCUAAUGACAACAUUCUGGACUCCAUCGACCUCGAGAAGUUUAUGCAAGUAACUCGGCCAGAAUUAGAGAUCCUAUCCUGCCGUUUCAUGAACGAGCCGUGCAAAAAGCAAUGGAAAGACGUCCAGACAGUCUAUGGCGUCUGCAAACAGAUGGAAACAACGGCCGAAAUGUUCAAGGACCCGAACAAGCAAACAGCAGCAUUUGGCAGACAGAGCUCACUGUCAAUUGUCGCGCAGUAUAACUCCAGCGACUGGGGGUCAGGCUGGGCACACUUUAUAGAUGGCUGCACUGUCUACAUCAGUCCUCGUCACGAGGAGACGCUCGACCCGGAUGACAGCGUCAUCCUCAACCCUGGCUCAGUUCCAAUCGUCUCCAUCAGACAAAGGAAGCACAAGAAGCUUCCGUACCCAUUCAGCACUUGCAUGAAAAGGGAAUCGGAUGUUCUCAAGUAUUUCAACCUUUACACAAAGAAACACUGCAUCUACGAGUGCUUGAUCGACCUCGUGAUCAAGAGCUGCAAGUGCGUAGAAUAUGGGUUCAAAAUACGGCCUAAAAAUUGCGAAAACUGGGAUUGUCUUUCAACCCAUCGCCCCUUCGGAGCCGAUGAAAUCUGGGGCUGGAAAAAUCUCCAGCAAACAGUGAAAAUGUGCACUUUUACUGAACACGCAUUUUGCGUUUCCACUCAUUUUACAGCUUUCAAUCACAUGCGAUGCAACUGCACUGAAGAAUGCGACUACGAGGUUUUCUAUCAGACGAAUAUGCAGUAUGCGAACUUGCGGCUUGACACACCGGAGCAUAAUCGGCUCGCUGUCGAUCCUCCAGAAAUCAAAGGAAAUAACACAGACUCAGCUCGAAAAAAGGUCACCUCGUUCUUGCUUUAUCAAACCGAUCUCGAAACCGAACUGGAAACUGAAUUUCCUGAGUACACCAGCUUUGAGUUUUUCUCGGACAUUGGAGGAACAGUGGGGCUGAUGCUAGGCUUAUCGGCAGCAAGCGUUAUCAGCAUCUUGGAAACGCUCUUUGCUUACAUGUGGCACAGCGGCAAAAAGGCGAUUCGAGAGUCUCUGAUCUCAAGGGAAAGUAGUGAGCACGAACGCAGCCGCGAGUUAGAAACGAAAAUUGAAUGCUUGAAUACGCUUUAA